AAGAGGACUGUCCCUCGGGUAGUGAAUAUAAUCCUGAAACUAAAGAUUGUGAUGACUGUCUGCGUGGCUUCUACCGAAACAAAACGGACUCACAACAAGUUAAAUGCCAGAAAUGUCCAGACCAGUUCAUCACCGUGGGUACCAAAGCCACCAGUGUCAAGAACUGUACCAUUAGAAAAGGAAAUGAAACAAAGUCUCUAACUACUGGAAAUCUUACGGGGCAAACAAAUCCCUCUCCAGAGGACUGUCCCUCGGGUAGUGAAUAUAAUCCUGAAACUAAAGUUUGUGAUGACUGUCUGCGUGGCUACUACCGAAACAAAACAGACCUAAAUCAAGUUAAAUGCCAGAAAUGUCCAGACCAAUUCAUCACCGUGGGUACCAAAGCCAUCAGUAAAAAGAACUGUACCAUUAAGGACUGUCCGUCUGGUAGCCAAUAUAAUCCUGAAACUAAAGCUUGUGAUGACUGUCUGCGUGGCUACUACCGAAACAAAACGGACCCACAACAAGUUAAAUGUCAGAAAUGUCCAGACCAAUUCAUCACCGUGGGUACCAAAGCCACCAGUGUCAAGAACUGUACCAUUAAGGACUGUCCGUCUGGUAGCCAAUAUAAUCCUGAAACUAAAGAUUGUGAUGACUGUCCGCGUGGCUUCUACCGAGACAAAACGGACCAACAACAGGUUAAAUGCCAGAAAUGUCCAGACCAAUUGAUCACCUUGAAUACCAAAGCCACCAGUGUCAAGAAUUGUACUAUCAGUAAAGAAGGUGUUGGUCAGAAUUCUCAAGAUGAAGGAAGGAAUAGUGAGAAUAUAGGUGACAACAACAAACCAACCAACAAAGAUGCAAACAAGAAUCCAAACAAAGAUGCAAACAAGAAUCCAGAUCUUUCCUCCCUUGUACCAGAGUCUGAACCUGAGGGUCAUUUCAUGGCUUACUUUUUGACGGCAGUUGUGUUAUGUGUCGCAGGAUAUGUUAUUUUCCACAAUAAACAAAGGAUUGUGGCCUUCAUCAUUGAGGGCCGAACUGGACGAAGAUCUUCACGAAGACCAAACAAAGAUGGCUACAGCAGAGUGAAGACAGAUGAUGUCAUGCCUUCACUGGAGAAAUCCACCACGUCUAAGAGCUAUAUUUAUUAAGUCAUAUGUGAAGACAGAUGUCAUGCCAUCACUGGAGAAAGCCACCACGUCUAAGAGCUAUAUUUAUUGAGACAUAUUAAAUAGUGGUCUGUUUUUAAAAGCCAUGUAUCUUCAGUUCACAAAAUCAAAGUAUAAGAGAUUGUAUAAAGACUUUUGGUUGAUUUUCAAGCAUUUAAGCAUCUUUUUCUAUCAACAAACUUACAACAAAAAGGUAAUUUUGAUUUAAGAAUUUUCUGUUUUGGAAAAAAGUUGGGGGUGGUAUUUAUUUUCAUGUAUUGUAUCCAUGUUAAUAUUCCUGCUUGACUGUGAUAUACAUAUAGUUUAAAUGGAGAGAAAUGAGCAUAUAUCAUUAAGGGAUAUACUAAACAUCUAUUGAUUAGGGUACAGUUUUGUCUGAAAUGGCUCAGCUUAUAGAGGAUGGAGUUAAAAAUAAAAUUCAUAGUGCACCAUAUGCCAUAUUUGGGGGUCAUCAUUGAAGGUGUUGGAAGCAUGGUAAUUUCAUUCUUUUAGAGAUUUUUCUGUAAGAAGAGAAUCAUUUAUAUAUCCAAGGACAUUUACAUUUUGUAGUAAAAAUAAUGUUUCCAGAAAAUUGUUAAAGCACACUUCAUGUGAAAACCUGAGUAUGUAUGCAAUUUAAUUCCUUCUUGCAAUUUUGCAGUGUCACUCUCAUGGAAUAUCAAACUGUGUGGGACUUUGUUAUGUAUAAUUAUGUCCUUAUCUCUGUUAAAAAUUAUAUAUGAUUCAUUUAAAAAUCAAGAAGCUCAAUCCCCUAGUAGAUUAAGAUAAAGGAUUUUAGCACCAGCCUGGCCCUGGGUGUCUUUGUACACUUAUGCUGGUAUUCGUUACAUGAUUUUGUAGCCAUAAAGCUACAGAGUGUACUAGUGAAUUUUUCUUUCCUUUUAUUUAAAAGCAGCUGUCUAUCUAUCAUGAUCAGAUUUGAAAAGUCAAGUAAACGUAAUGAAGUGUUUAAAACAGUAAACCUAUGUGACCCAUUGGCCUCAAUUUUCAUUGCUUUCACUUUAAAAAAAGAAAUGCAGGAAUUAUCAGGAAACUUACAAGCAUCAUACCUGGUAAUUAUUCUUUCAUAGGCUCUGAAAAAGCUAACCCGCUAAUAUCAAAAUUAAUGAUUGAUUCCAUCAAUAGUUACAGUAAAACUUGUUUAGUACGAACACGGAUAUAGCGAAUUCACGGAUAUAGCGAAGUUUUCCUGGGUCCCCGGCAAAAUUCUUAACAAAUCCUUGUAAAAUUUUACGGUUAUAAUGAACUCUGAUAUAACGAAUUCACGGAUAUAGCGAACUGAUUUUGGGUCUCGUUGAAGUUAAAUAUAAUGAAAUUUACAUCUUUUAUAACAAACUUUCAAAGAUCUCAAAAUUUAAUAUAUUGAACUGACUUAUUUUUAUUCAUGGAAUUGUAUAUAUAAUUCAAUUCACAAUAAAACCUUAGUUAUCGAAGGUAUGUUUUGUAAUAUUUGUUUCCCUAACAUAUUUGGUAGUAAUGCAGGAAGGAAAACAUGCAUAUUGCGAAUUCGCUUUAUAUGGUUUUACAAAUUCGUUAUACGGUUGUAACGAAUUACGGAUAUAGCGAAUUAAAUUCACAGGUCCCUAGGACUUCGCUAUAACCGAGUUUUAC